AUGACAGUGACCGUCACAUCUGACCGCCACACUGUUGGUGCUCAACGCUGGGGUCCACCACGCUCUGUCACGUUAAAGAGAAGCCCUGGAGCUCCACUAGGCGUUAGUAUUGUCGGUGGAAAGGUCGAUAUAAUACCAAAUCAAAACACUGCCAAUGGUGAUGAAAAGGCAAUUUUCGGCAUCUUCAUCAAAAAUGUUGUCCCCAACAGUCCUGCUGGCCUCUGUGGACAAUUGCAGUCUGGAGACAGAAUCCUGGAAGUGGAUGGUGUUUGUGUUAGAACAGCACAGCAUGAGCGUGCUGUCCAGCUGAUUAAGGCUGCCGGUAACACUGUCACUCUUACCGUACAGAGCUUGGUAGCCUGGAACACCGACUCGUCAGAUGUAGAAGCUUCACCGCCAGCUCCGCCUCGAAAACCAUCACAUAAGAAAUAUCCAGCGCCAAAAGCGGUUGAUCGAGCUCCUAAACAUGAUAUUAAGAUAACAGUGACAUCCGAAGCAGGCACAGAGAAAGAAGGUGAAAUAGAUGCAGAAAAAGAAACAAAAGAAAAAGGCUCAUCAGAAACGGAAGCUUCGAAACCAGACUACUCAGAUUCUGAUAGCAGUGAUGAAGAGGACGAACGAGAAUUAGGCGGAAGAACAUACUCGGAAAAAGGAGUGGAAAUUGAUCGAGCUUCUGCCGGAGCAAUCAAACGGACCCGAGAAGAGAAAGAGGCCGAUCCAGAAGAAGAAGAUGACUUCGGUUACACUACAAUCCUGCGUUGUGCACCAACACAAUUUAAAGAAGUGAGUUAA